AGGUGGACCGGACAGUUGCAGCUGCUGAAAUUUCUGGAUCGCAGACGUACUUAUGGCUGAGGAUCACAUGCAGCUGGCCAGCAUUCCCAAUGGAAGUCUGCUCUGCAACAGCAGCAGCAUUGAAAAGAAAAUCGGGAUUCAGUCGGCAGGUGGGAAUCUUGACAAAGAAGAAAAUUGUGGAAAACCUCUCCUUCCAGGAACGACAGUAAGGGAGUGGGACAAGCAGGGCACAGCUGAAGACCUGAGCAAUGAGUCAACCACAUGUCUGGAAGAAGUGAGAGCUGGAAAAGCAAAAGAGAUGUCUGGAGAUCAAAUGAGCAUGGAGGAAGAGGGGAUUGGAAAGCAAGAGAAGGAGGAGGAGGAGAUCACUGGGAACGAUGGUCAAGUGAGUAGAUACGAGACAAUGUCUGAAGAGGAGUAUCGAAGUGAAGACCAGGAAGGUCAGAGAAUGAGAAAAUAUGAGGAAGAUGGCAGAAAAGAGUUAGUGGUGAUUAUAGAGGAUGAGGGGAGACUGACUGGGAAAGAAGAAAAAGAGAGUGAGAACAGACAAAUAGUGCAGAAGAAAAUAAAACAAGAUGAGGAGGGUGGAAAUGUGAUAACAACAGGCGAGGAUUGUGGAGCUCCAACUGAGGAGGAAGAAGAGAUCAAAAUCCAUAAUAAAGAAAAUAGUCUCAGACCAAUUACUAACAAGGAGUCUAGAAGUGGAAAUGAACAAGAGGAUGAAGAGAAAGUCCCUGGGCAAAACCUGGGAACAAAAGAGGAUGAAGAUAGGAUUAAAAUCCUUAAUGAGGAAAGAGGGAUAUGCCAACUCAUUGACAAGGAUUGCAGAAGUGAUAACAAACAAGAGGAUGAGGAGAAGGCAACUGGAAAAGGAGAAGAAGAGAGUGGAAGAAUUGCAGGGAGGUGCACUGAGAGUACAAAGGGGCUUAAAAGAGCAACAAUAAUUAAAAGUGAGCCUACUACUGAUGACAAUAAACAAGAGGAGCAGCAGAAGGUCCUUGUCAAUGAUGAUGAUGAAGAAAUUGGAAGAGUGGCAGAAGCGGUUGUGGAUCAAAACAAGGGAGAAACAAAGCUUGAAAAGUGCAAGGAGCAAAGUGGAAAACAAACAUUAACAAAAAAGGAGUCUGCCAAGGAGAAUAAACAAGAGGAGGAGCAGAAGGUUCCUGUCAAAGAUGAUGAAGAAAUUGAAAAAAUGGCAGAAGAGGGCCUGGAUCAAAACAAGAAAGAAACAAAGCUUGAAAAGUGUAAUGAACAAAGUGGAAAGGAAGCAUUUGUUAAAGAUGAGCCUACUGAGGACAAUAAACAAGAGGAGCAUCAGAAGGUUCCUGUCACAGAUGAUGAAGAAAUUGUAAAAGUUGUAGAAGAGGGCCUGGAUCAAAAUGAGGGAGAAACAAAGCUUGAAAAGUGUAAUGAACAAAGUGGAAAGGUAUUACUCGUUACAGACAGAAAUAAGCAGGAGGAUGGAGAGCAAGUCCAAGAAGAUUAUGAAGAAAGCAGUAAAGUUCAUGAGCAGUGCCUCGAUCAAAAGGAAAUUCAGACUGAUAAUCAACAAAGUGAAAAGGGGUCCAUAAAUCCAGAUGAGUAUACUGAAGAAAACAAACAAGAGGAUGAGAAGGUGGUCCAUGGGAAAAGUGAAGGAGAAAGCAGAAUCUUUACAGAGCAGGGGCUUGAUCAAAAUGAGGACAAAGGCAAGGUUAAAAACCUUAAUGAAGAAAGUAAACAAGAAAGAGUAACUGAAGACAGAGGUACUGCCAAAAAUAAAGAAGAGGAUGAGCAGAAGGUCCCUGGGAAAACUGAAAACGUGAAUGAAAAAAUGACAAAGGUCUGCUUUGGAAAAAAGGAGGAAUUAAAAAGCAGUAAUAGAGAAAGUGGGGUGAAAAUGCUGAAAGAUGAGGACUGCAACAGUUGGAAUGAAAAAGAGGAUUUAGAGAAGGUUACUGGAAGUGGCGAAGAAGAAAGUGAGAGGAUUACAGAGGAGUGCCAAGGUCAAAAUGAUAGCAAAGGGGAAGGAAAAACUCAUUGGAAAGAAAGUGGGGCAGGAACACCAGGUAAAGAGGAGGACACUGAUGAGGAGAUAGUUCCUAGGAAAAAGGAAGAAGAGAGUGAAAAAACUGAAAAUUGUGAAGGAGAAGAUGUGGAAAAGCCAGAGAUUAAACACAAUCAUGAAGAACUUGGAAGAGGAAUGCAAACUAACGAUGAGAAAACGUGUCAGAAUGAACAAGAGGAUACGGAGAAGAAACCUGAGAACGAUGAAAAGGAAAGUGAAAACGUUAAAGAAGAGUGUCUGGAUCAAAACAAGGGGAAACAUGAGGUUAAAACCCCAAAUGAAGAAAGUGGGCAAGGAGCAGCAACUAAAGACGAGCACACUGAUGAGAAUAAACUAGAGGAUGAGCAGAAGGUCCCUGAGACAGAUAAAGGGGAAAGGGGAAGAAAUACUCACAUGUGCCGGGAUGAAACUAAAAAACACAAAGAAGUAAUUGAAAGAGAUGUUAAAGUGGUAAAGGAAGAACACGAGAAUCAAAAUCAGAAGGAGGAAGAUAUGGACAUUGGGGACCCCGCCAAAGAGAGAAGAGAAAUAACAGAGAAACAUGAGGGACAAAAUGAAGAUGACCGUGCCACCAAAAAACAGGACAAAGAGAGCUGCCAAGAAGUGUUAACUGUAAAUAAAAAAGACAACCAGAGUGGGAAAGAGCUUGAAAUGUCAGAGGAGGAGUGUGCAGCUCAAAAGAAGGAAGAACAAGUGGCGGUGGAAGAGCGCGGGCUUAAGAAUGAGGAUGGGGAGACCACUGAUGAAUGUGAUGAAGGGUGCAGAAAAGAGAAGAACUUGAGUGAAGUCGAUGUCCACAAAGAGGAAAGUGACAGAGAAGGUCAUCAUGAGAGCACAAAGAAGGAGGACGGGAAUGAGGUGAAACUUGAGGAUCGAGGAGAUACUGGUGAAGUGAAGUGGGAAGAAGAAAACAACAUGGAGGAAUUGAAGCUACGGGGAAGCAAAUCUGAAGAUGUGAGCCGUGAACCUGGGAAGGAGAAUGGCAGGGAAAGCAAGGCAGUCCAUCUGGAAUAUGAAAAAGGUGGAGAAGGUGGUCAAGGCCAGUUGGAGUGGCACACAGUGGCGUGCACAGCUUCCAGAGGUGAAGGACACGAUCCCAAGAAUAAGGGGGAUGACAAGGAAAGAGAGGUGUGGAGCCGGUCAAAAGAGCAGAAGAUGGGAGCAGAGCACAAUGAAGGAGAGCCAAAGGCUGAACCUGACAUUAUAAAGAGUAAGAAAUAUAAAGCGGCAGAAGAUGGUACAUGGGUGGGAUCAACUGAUCCACAAGUUGUCAUCACCAGUGAGCAGGUCAAGGGUCCAGCAGAAGAGAUAAGCCCAGUUUCCACCAAAGAUAGUGAAGGGCCACUGGCACUUUCCAAGACAGACCUGUCUGAGAAUGGAGAAGAUGACCAACGCCACCCAAGAGGUUCACCAGCAGAGGCCCUGGCAGUGGACAGCCUUGGAGACCCUCAAGAGUGGGACAUCUCACUGUAUGUCAAGGCUGGAAGUGAUGGUGAGAGCAUUGGAAACUGUCCCUUCUCCCAACGUCUUUUCAUGAUCCUGUGGCUGAAAGGAGUCAUAUUCAACGUCACCACCGUCGACCUGAAACGGAAACCAGCCGACCUGCAAGAUUUGGCCCCAGGAACAAACCCUCCAUUCAUGACAUUUAAUGGGGAAGUGAAAACGGACGUUAACAAGAUCGAGGAAUUCCUAGAGGAGAAGCUGGCACCACCCAAAUAUCCUAAACUAACAGCGACCCAUCCUGAGUCCAAUUCCGCUGGAAAUGACGUUUUUGCAAAAUUCUCUGCGUAUGUCAAAAAUACCCGAAAGGAUGUCCAUGACAAUCUGGAGAAGGCUCUACUGAGGGCAUUACGGAAGCUGGAUGAUUACCUGGUCACCCCUCUACCUGAAGAAAUUGACGCUGACAGCAUGGAGGAGCUUUCUGUGUCCAAGAGGAGAUACCUGGAUGGAGACGAGCUGACGUUGGCCGACUGUAACCUUCUCCCCAAACUGCACAUCAUCAAGAUUGUUGCCAAGAAGUAUCGUAAUUUUGAAAUUCCCAAAGAGAUGACUGGAAUUUGGAGGUAUCUGACCAAUGCGUACCAAAGGCCCGAGUUCACAAACACGUAUCCGGCUGAACGAGAGAUUGAACUGGCUUACCUGCAUGUGGCAAAGAAAAUCAAGUAACAGAUAACAUGUCCAGACUUUUGGCAUGGGUUCGGGUGGGUGAAAUGCAGUCAGGGUCCAGCCUGAAAACAAAAUGACCGAUCUGUUGAGGAGAGAUGGUGAGGCCCAAAUGGAGUCUAAAGUUUUUGUUCACCAUCAUGAUGGCAAAGCUGGUUUAGCUACAGGAAGUCAGGAUGGCACUGGGCAUCACAGCCAACUCUUCACACUCUGGGAUUACACAACCUUCACCUUUUAGUGGUUUCCAAGCAGAGCUUGCUUAACAAAGAUUCUCACCAAAGAAUGCGUCUGCCCGACUGCUCCGGCUCAAUUCUAUUCCACUUGUUUAAUGUUAAUCAUUUUAAAUACAGUGUCUAUAAAAAAUAUUCACUCCCUCAAAGUUUUCACAUUGUAUUCAUAUACAACAUGACAUCAACGUUUUUUUAAUCUUUUUUGACACUGAUCAACAGAAAAAGACAUUUUGAUGUCAAACAGAUCUCUGCAAAGUGGUCCAAAUGAGUUACAAAUAUAAAAUACAAAAUGAUUGAUCGCCCCCUACAGGUCAUUAUUUCAUCGAUGCCCCUUUGGCUGCCAUGACAGUUCGGAGUCUGGGUGCUCAGGUCUGUCAGUCCCUUUCAGCUUUGCACAUCUCCACACGGCCAAUUUUGUCCAUUCUUCUUUACAAAACUACUCAAGCUUGAUUAGUCUGCACGGUGGUCAUGAGUGGGCAGCCUUUGUCAUGUCCAGCCACAAAUACUUAACUGGAUUGAGAUCUGGGCCUGUAUUUAUCAAGCAUCUCAAUGUUACACCUAGAAAUAAGGAUAAGACUUUGUCCAGCCUCAGAGUAGGACAUGAGAAGUUAUGAAGCAUCCUAUGUGCACUCCCAGCGAGGAAUAGGAAUUGACGUUAAGAAUGAACAAUGUCACGAUUUGCACCCCAAGCUGCAAAAUAGUACUCAUGAUGAUGUUCUAGGGCACUAAUGCUAAGGCUUCACCACAAAGAUAAUAUUAAUAAUAAUAUUAAUAAUAAUCAUAAGCACCAGUUCUCAGUCAGUGGAGUUGCUGGCUUGAAUCAACAGGACCAGCAACUGGAAGGUGCUUGAUCCAGACAAGGCUCAGAAUUUCUGGCUCAAGAAGUUCACGACUGCCUACAGCCAACUCAUGAGAGCGUUGAACAACGUGCUCCAUGAGCCUCACCUGAUGAUUGACUGGAUCGCCAUGUGUAUUAUGGUCCUACUCUUUAGGGGUAAAAGCAGCAAGAAUUCAAAGAAUUAGCACCUGAUCACAUGCCUGCUGAUACUGUCCAAAGUGGUCAUGGUCAGUCUCUGUGAUCUCUUCUUCAGCAACAAUUCACACCCGGAGCAGUAGAAAGGUUCCUGUCAAGUAAUCUGAAAAUUCAAGGACUUGCUCCUCAUCAACAAGAUGGUGAUCCCAAAAUUAUUACGAAGCAUCUGAUCACGACAUGGAUAGACUGCAAGAAGGCCUUUGAUAGUUUGCCACUGCGCCUGAAGCUCUACCGAGUCAUCAGUCCGGUCAUCAAUUGAUUCUUGGAGAGUGCAAGGAGAAUGUAGUGAACCACGGUAGAUCUGUCUUACAGCAGCAUUUUCAUCCAGUUGAACGAGAUACACAUCAAGCAAGGUAAUUUUCCAAGGUGGUUCCCUGUAUCCCCUGUUUUGUUUUGCACUGCCAUGAUACCUCUUAGCAGCAUUUUCAGGUGAGAACAAGUGCCGAACGAAAUCGAGACAAGCCAGCGAUCAUCCACUUGCUUAUACAUGGAUGACCGGAAGCUCUACACACAAAGCAGCACUGGUCCUGGUCUAGCGGUUCAGUGCAACACAUGGAUGGAGUUCAGCCUUGACAAGCAGCACCUGACGUAGUGAUGAACAACAAGGAGACCAUCGAGAACCUAGAACCAGGCGAGGCAUUCAAGUACCUUGGCACUGACGAGAGUGACAACAUCAAGUCCAAGCUGACCAAGGAGUACUGUCGUCAAGUGGGACUUGUCCUCAAGACAGAGCUCAGUUCACGGAAUAAGAUCUCAGCUAUAAAUAGUCUGGGUGUACCUGUCGACCUAUACAGCUCUAGCAUCAUCUUGUGGUCCUCUUUGGAGCUAAAAGCCAUGGACUGAAAGACCAUAAAACUCCUCACGAUGCACAGCCAUCUACAUCCAAAAGUAGGCAUCGAGCGUCUCUACAUCUCACGACAUUUAGGAGGCCGAGGACUUUUGGAACUGAUUUAGGUGGAGAAGGUUGCGAUUAUCCGUCUGCGUGAGUAUCUUGAGUACACCGGUAGGUGGCUACUACGACUUUUGCUUCAACACCACAAGUCCACUGUGAAGACAGCUCACGAGAUUAAAAUAAAAAGGUAUAGUUAGUACAAGACCACUAGCAAUCGCAGUGAAGAAACAAAACAGUUACUCCAGCCCAAGAUCACGGAGACGAGAAAGCAGCACAACAAGUAGAAGCCAUUACAUGGCCAGUUCUGCAACAACCUCGACAGGCCACACACCUUGACAUGGACCUGACGUGUGCGUGGCUUUGAAGUGCAAAUCUCAAUGGUGAAACUGAAAUCCUCAUCACAGCCGCUCAGGAUCAGGGCUUGAACACCCAGCACCACCAGAAGUAUAUCAUAGCCACACCAGUCAACAGCCAAUGCCAUCUAUGUGGUGAAGCUGAGGAGACCAUCAGUCACUUUGUGUCCCAAUGCUGUGUCCUGGCCCUGGAGGAAUAUCUUGAACGUCACAACAAGGUCAGUAUGUACCUGCACUGGACAUUAUGCCAACAGCUGGGUAUUCUGACAACAGACAACCAGAUGUGACCUUUGACACCGGAGAUGUGUCAUCUUGUGGGACAAGACCAUUCCCACAGACUGUACCAUCACUGCCAAUUGGCCGGACAUGGUGUUCCACGACAAGAAGAGCAAGUCUUGUGUCUUAAUCGAUGUGACGAUCCUGGAUCAGACAACACCAUCCUGAGCAAGGAGGCAGAGAAGAUCAUCAAGAAUGAAGACCUUGAGAUCAAAGCCAGAUGCAUGUGGAACACGAGGACAAGAGUGGCUCCGGUGGUCAUAGGCACAUCAAGACCGGGUUGCAAAAGAAGCAGGACAAACUCCCAUGUAGAGUCAGCGUGAAGGAGAUCCAGAAGAUUGCACUCUUCAAUACGGCCCGCAUUCUUUGACGAGUCGUCAGCUGAACAACAAGCUGAGUUCAAAGCCUGAGAGGUCUGGUUGACCACUGGUUAAUGCCCCAGCGUAUGUGAGUGUGCUGAGAAGAGGGUGGUGAUGACAAUAAUAAUUAUAUUCAAAGUAGUAGUAAAAGAAGAAGAGGAAAAAAGAGGAAAUAUGCACUAAGCUACAUGUAAUUGUUGCCAGUUUGCGAACAUCAAGAGUAAUACUGUGAUGAGCACCAAGAUGGAAAGACCAAGACACUCACCCCAGCAAAUGACGUCUGUGUGUUAAAACAGAGGAAACCAUCAGUCACCCCUGACGAGAGUUAAGUCUGAUAACACAUGUGUCUUUUUUAAAAACAACAAAUAAACCAGGGGCUGUUCCUGCCUAGUGAGCUAUGCUUGCUGGGAUAGAGUCCAGAAUCCCCGUGGUCCUGCUCAGAAAAUAUGUUUAGAAAAUGGACGAUUCAAAUGAUUCUCCUUCAUGCAGUUAUGGCCAUGGAAAAUGCCUCGUAAAGUAACAGUUUCACUGAAUGUAGUCAAGGCCAUUAUUGUGUUGUUGGUGAAGGCGUACUCACUAUUCCAGUGUCCUACCUGCCAUUCCUCUCUAUUGUCCAUCCCUAUUCUUCUGUGAAGCUCUAUCUAUCUAACGCCCCGGGAAGUGUGUGCCUUCCUUCUUCAACGUUGUAAAAUGUAAUGCGAGACAAUAUUGUCAAGUAUAAAGACCUUGAAAUUGAAGCCAGAGGCAUGUGGAACACGAGGACAAGAGUGGCUCCAGUGGUCGCAGUUUAUAGAAUGUGAAGAUCCGUGUACCUGUGCGACAUUUUACAGUCAAUCACCCAUCCAGCCCCACCUACUUUCAAGGUGGUAUGCCUCCUGCUACAGUACAAGCUGCAUCCAUGAACCCCUCUGUGCGCUGAUUCUGUGAUAUCACUUGCAAUUCACAUCUGUGUGCUUAUCCAUUAUUAUUGAUCGUCAUGUGUUUGCCAACAAUCCCACCAACAACUCCAACAGAACCAGCGAUUUGUAAGAAUGCAGCUCGCUUUAACAUGACCUUACUUGGAGUGGUGGGGAAAUGUCUGAAUCUGCAAGGAUGUUCAAAGUUUGGAGGAAAAUUCAAGAAAUGGUUAGUGAUGACACAUCCACAUCAUCUCCAUUGAACCUCUGCAUUUUACACGUAACGUUACCAACACUUUCAUUUCAGCUGACAGCGCAUGCCUUCUACGUGUAACUGGAGCGAUCACGUAACGUAAUAUUAUUCCAUCUCUUCACGCGUUCAUUGUUGUCCACCAUUUCCAAAACAUUCAACACCAUCCUCUGGCAGCUUCUAGUGAGUGAGGACCACUUACUUGCCUCCUAAACGCUGGUGAAGCUGGUGGAGUAGAAUCCUAAAUUAGGAAAAUUGAUCAAAUGCUUUUAAUCCUACUCCUUUGAAUAGGAAUUUGUGGACUCUUGAGAUUUUCCGGCCAGGUUAGGACUGUUCUCCUACUUUGUGACACUUGAUAACUACGAGCCCUGGAUUCCUACUUGGCCACUCUUGGAUAUCCACAUUGUUGUUCUGAAGCCUUUCCUGUGUAGCUUUGACUGUAGGCUUAGGCUUCUUCCUGUCUUGCUGGAACACAACUCUUAUCCAAAGGUUUGUGACGGCACGGGUUGGCUCCAAUAACCUUUCCGAGGGAUGAGCUCAGCAAAGGAGGACACCACACGAAGCAAGGGAACGGUGCAAAGUGCUCAGUGGUUUUAUUAAAACAAAUAAACAAAACAAGGGUCCAAAAAGUGCAGGGCUUCAAGAACGUUCAGCAUAUAAAUUAUCCAAUUAUUAUUCCAUAUGUGUUCAUUGUUAUCCACUAUUUCCAAAACAUUCCACACCAUCCUCUGGCAGCUCCUAAGUGAGUGAUGACAUCUGGGUUGCCCACAGCUCCCAUCAUCCCUCCUUGCACCUGAACAUUAAUAGUCCUGUACCAAAUUGGACUACAGCAAUGAGGACACAUCUCAAUGGAUGUUGGUGCAAAACAAAGUGCUUGGUGCAGUUUAUUCAAAUAUUCCAUGUUCAAAACAAAAUAUGGGGCCAAGUCUAGUCAAUAAGCAAAUAAGGCAAUAAAUGUGUAACAAUCGCCCAAUAAGGGGAGUGAUCAGUAUGCUUCACCACCCGAGAGGGAAGUGGACGACGUUCGAAAGAUAUAUUAGCAUUAAAAAAUAUUCAGUAAUCGACCCCUCUCCUCCCCUCUUCCCUGCUCUCCGUGCCCGCCAAUACUGUAAUUAGUUAAGUGGAAGUUAGAUUAAUUAAAUAAGCAAGUGUAGGAUCCAGGAUGGGUGCUCGUUAGUGAUCCCUUUUUCACCACAGCCUCCCUAUCCCCCAGCAGCCAAAUCUUAAUCCCCCAGUAUGAAACACACAACAAAGAAAAGGAAAUCAAAUAGAGAAGGAUUAAACAUAGUCUGUGUGCAACGGCGAUGAAUCCAGAUGAAUCCUGCGAACCUCAGGUGAAUACGGAUGCCUUCAUGCUAUCCCGAAGAAUUUAAAAACACGAGUCCGACUCACCAACGGGAGCAUCCGGAGAACCACAGGUCCAUAUACUGCACCCUUGCCUCUUCUCGGGGAUUCGCCUCACUGUUUCUAUCUUCUGGGUGGUCACCCACAAAUAGCAGACGUCCCUGGGUGAAGUUUGAUCGCGCUGUCUUCUUAGGUGCAGAUAGCCAAACUCCUUGCCUUCUGCUUCUGUCCCUCAUUUUUUUCUGUCUCGGGUUAGCCAUCCUCUUUAAAAAAUGUCCAUUCCUGCUUAGGUCGUCAUAGCAACAUAAUGCCUGCUCUAGGCAACUGGAAUCCAUACCAGGCAGGAUCCUCCCAGACUUAGUCGUCCACAAUAACGCCUGAAGAGAUAUUUCUUUAUCAUCCUUCAGACCCUAUAAAUAUAGUGUCCAGAAAAUAAACCCGCUGUAUAGCUAUGUUGGCUUGCUACAAAUGAUCCAUAGUAAAAACAAGUGAUCUUCUCACGGAAUUUAAAAUUGGUUAAUAAAUAAUCAAUACGUAAUACAAAAAGAUUAAAACCAGAAGAAUAAGGGUGGGUGCACCUCUCACUCUUUUAAGCUUUCAUGUCUCACUGAAUCUUCUAAGCCCCCCACCCACUUGACCUGAGACACCGGCAAGCACAGUCAACCCCUUUAAAUUGGCUUGAUCCCCAGCCAUCAGAGUCAGUCACCACUGGGGGGGACCAAACCUAACUCCAUCAUCACACUUGGGUCUGUAGGAUGGUCUUCUGAAGUCCUUUCAUCACUCCUUGGUUGUUCAGCAGGAGUGACCCUAACCCCACGAGUGCGGUUCUUCUCACUCACCGCAGGACUGACUCCUGUCCACCUGUCUGUCCAUUUCACCGGGUUGCUCGCCCCAAUUGUCCUCUUUGUUGUCAAAAAAGAAAUCCCUUGUUGUCAAAUCCUUUCAUUCUCCAUUGUUUCGUCUUUCUGAUCUUGCGUGUGUAUCCUGCUCUGGCUCCUUUUACACUCUUGUAAGUUCAGGGGCAUCAAUGAGGAAACCGGCUGAAAAGGUCGCACAUUCACAUGUAAACAUGACAGGCUUGUUUCCUCAUUGACCACUGGGGGCUGUAUGGCUACAUGGCCACCACGUUUGUCAGGUCUAUGUAUAGCCCAAAGAUAGCUUAAAAACAGCGAAUUUGCCAAAGAAACAAAUAGUCCAAUAUCUGAAGUAGACAAAAUGAUGCACACCAGAAAGUAGGGGGUGGUGUCAGAG